GAGGGGAAGAAGGAGGAGGAGGAGAGGAGCAGUCAGCAGGCCCGAGGAGGCAGGACUUCCUGGUGUGGGGGUUGUCAACAGCCCAGAAAGAGGGAGGCAGUGAGACCGAACCAGAAGGAGCUGAGCGGCGAGGAGACCCAUUGGUGCCACGCGGGAGGAGACUGGAGAGACCCGCUCGCCCCGACCACCGAAGUGGCUCCACCUGCAGGACCAGGGGGCCGAGCCGCCCCUCCCGCAUCAGCCCCGAGACACUUGGGGCUUCAGAGGCCGCGCCUGGGCUCCACCAAGGAGGCGGGGGCUCCUUCUUCUCCGGAGCGCAAACUUUCCACGGAGAUGCCUCGCGGGGUGAGGUGCGGCCCCCGAAGAGGACCGGGCCGUCUCUGAUCGCCGCCUGCGCCCCCCGCGCUGCUGGGGCCAAGAGGCCCCGGGGAACGACAGCCCGACAUCUUAGGCGGCCGGACCCCCGGCCCAGCUUGUUGGCCGAGGCCGAGAGUUUGCAAACUCAGCUCUGGAGUUCGGCAGCGACAGCAGCAGGAAAAACCUGCCCCUGCUCCCCCUUCUCGCCGCCUCCCCUCCCCUGUUCUCCCUUCACCAGCCAGGCACCCCCAGUUCCUGCAAGGCCCUCCCACCAUGUCGGACCCAGACGUCCCCAGGGGCCCUGAUGUCCCCGCCAUGUGGCUCCCCUGUUCCAGGGGUGCCUGAGCCCCUUCGAAGAGCCACUACCGCCCGGUCCCCCGCCCACUUUGGCCCCAUCCUGAGCCCCAGGGACCAUGAGUGGGGGCAAGAAGAAAAGUAGUUUCCAAAUCACCAGCGUCACCACGGACUAUGAGGGCCCCGGGAGCCCUGGAGGUCCAGAGUCCCCUGCCCUGCCGGUCCCUACCGGGCCCCCACCCCGCUUGCCCAACGGGGAGCCCAACCCAGAGCCAGGGGGCAAGAGCACCCCCCGGAAUGGUUCCCCACCGCCUGGGGCCCCGGCCUCCCGUUUCCGGGUGGUGAAGCUGCCGCAGGGCCUGGGAGAGCCUUAUCGCCGUGGCCGUUGGACGUGUGUGGAUGUUUACGAGAGAGACCUGGAGCCCCCCAGCUUUGGCCGGCUCCUGGAGGGGAUUCGAGGGGCCUCAGGGGGUACUGGGGGCAGAUCUUUGGAUUCCAGGUUGGAGCUGGCCAGCUUGGGCCUGGGAGCCCCUAUCCCACAGCCAGGCCUGUCUCAGGGUCCAACCUCCUGGCUUCUCCCUCCUCCCACCUCCCCUGGACCUCAGGCCCGUUCCUUCACUGGGGGGCUGGGCCAGCUGGCAGUGCCUGGCAAGGCCAAGGUGGAAACACCCCCUUUGUCAGCUUCCCCACCCCAGCAGCGCCCCCCAGAGCCUGGGGCUGGAGAUAGCGUGGGCACAUCCCGGGCUGCCACGCCCCUGUCCUCCCUGAGGGUGGAAGUGGAGACCAGGGGCUCGACAGCUGGAACUCCUCCACUGUCCCGAACUAAGGAUGGAGCCCUGCGACUGAGGAUGGAGUUGGUUGCUCCAGAGGAGAUGGGGCAGGUACCCCCCCUCGACUCUCGCCCCAGCUCCCCGGCCCUCUACUUCUUCCCUGAUGCCAGUCUGGUUCACAAGUCUCCAGACCCCUUCGGAGCAGCAGCAGCCCAGAGCCUCAGCCUGGCCCGAUCCAUGCUGGCCAUCAGUGGCCACCUGGACAGCGAUGAUGAUAGUGGCUCCGGAAGCCUGGUUGGCAUUGACAACAAGAUCGAACAAGCCAUGGUGUUUUUCUGGAAACCCAGAGCUAAGUCAACCAUUGUGGAACACCCUGACUCCGAGAAAACUGCGCUGAAGAUGGAGAAGGCGUCCAGUAUGGUUGAGACUUUCAAGUUGGUUGAGCCCCUUACAGAGGCUAAAGUCUCCAGGAUGGGAGUGUUCCCCAAGGUGGCUGAUCCCUGCACAUUGGCCAAGACAACAGAUGGGGCUAAAGUGGAGCUGGAUCGUGGGAGCCGGUCCCUGUUGCAGCUGCCCCGGACGGCUGCCAAGUCUGUCUCCACACUCAUGAUCUCGGCCCUCCAGUCUGGCUGGCAAAUGUGCAGCUGGAAGUCAUCUGUGAGUUCUACCUCAGUUCCUUCCGAAAUAAGGACCGGGUCCCCUUUGCAGUCACCGGAAGCUGAGAUGCUGCGGGAAGUGUAUCUGGUGCUGUGGGCCAUUCGGAAACAACUGCGACAGCUGGCCCGCAGGCAAGAGAGGCGCAGAAGGCACCACCACUGGGCCCACACUAGCCCCCAGCCUGAACCAGUUCAGGGCCUGAAAAAGGAUGCCUCUAGGGGGGAACCCCACAUCCUCAGAAAGCCCCCACCUCACUCUUAGGUAAGGCUGUUAAGGAGAGGUUAGGGCAGCAGGCCAGGAGUUGUGGGUGAGGAGACAUUUUCACACUGUCACCUCUCAUCAGGAACCCAGGGCCAGGCCUGGGGUCCCACUUCUCCCCUUCAUUCCUUUUAUUCAAUUUGUAAAAAAAAUUUUCAAAAUGUUGGGAAAUAAAUAUCAGAUAUUUCUGAGUA